UUGUUUUAAUGGGCUGCGCAAACCCGUACAAACGGUUGAAUAGAUUGUCUCACACCAACCCGAUCUAAUCCACCCACCAGGAAGUACAAUGGCGAAGCCACCUUUCAACCCAUUCCGAGAUCUCCUAUCGGGUGUCAUCAUGGCAGCAACGUCGGUACCGCAGCUGAUUGCCUACGCCGAGACGGUGGGUUACGCUGGAUACCGCGGUUUAGCCACGGCGGGUCCUCCUUUGGCGGCGUGGGGGAUCGUCACGGGCAGUCCCUUUAUGAACGCCGGCGUCACCUCGAUUACAGCCCUGAUGGCCAAGUCCGAUUUGGAUGGUGAAGCUUACGUAGCGAGAUACGGAGAAGAGGCCUAUGUCGACUUGGUGGCGGCGUAUUCGUUGUACAUUGGUUUAGCUUCUGUAGUUUUGGCUUUGAUCGGGUUCGGGAAACUCGCCAAGUGGGUGCCGCAGCCGGUACGAUCAGGUUUCAAAUGGGGUUGCGCCGUCGGAGUCUUGGUUUCGGCCGUUCCCAACGGGUUUUUUGCCUUGGGUGGAUCGGAACUGAAGCAAUACGUUGCGGAGUCAACGCUCAGGGAUCUUGUGGCACCCUUUCAGGCUGCAUUCCCGGGCUUGCCGAACGUGACCAAUUUCAUUUUCGCUCUCAUCCAUCCCAACAUGUGGGGACUGGAACCGACAAUCAUGUUCGUUCUGGGUACAGCUUUUAUCAUGGAGGGAAAGACGUACCUCCCUCGCUUUUUGCCUCCCGGUACCGAAGUAAUCUUGGUAACAGCAGCCGCCACCGCCUACAGCGUUUUGUACAACUAUUCUGGUGGCGUAGUGGGAGAAAUUCCAGCCUUGGAUCCGGACGCCGGUAUUUUUUUCGGGGGAUUACGCAUUCCUGUCGAAGUCGUGGAUGUUCGAAAGCUGGUCACGGAAGUGCCAAUUGUGACUCAAUUUGGUGGUUCUUGGUUCAUGUUGGCUCUGUCUGCCAGCAUAUUUGCCGGUGUGAACUUCCUUUCCGUCAUGGGCAUUGCCUCGGGGUUCGAAAAUGAGGACGGUAUUCCUUGGAACGCCGAGCGGGAACUGAUUGCCCAGGGA